AUGGAUCCGAAAAGCAGGAGAUCGUUUGGAGAUGGAUUGCGCAGGGUGGUCAAGAAAUUUACGACCCGAAAGUGGUUUAUCGGCGAAUAUAACUAUGCCUGCUUAUUCACGCCGAACCUCCCAUUGAUGAAAUCACGACAGCAGUCUGCGCCCUUUUUCGGCCUGGAUGAUAGGAUGCCGGUGGUACUGGCGCUGAUUCUGGGUUUGCAGCAUGCGCUUGCGAUGUUGGCGAGGAGCGGUAAAAGUAUGUUCGAAGGAAGGAAAAAAAUCAAGAAUAAGAAGAAGGAGAAGAAGAAGAAGAAGAAGAAGAAUACUUGCGGGCCUGUGCACGAUAACGCCCAUGCGGGGUAUUGCAGCUGCAUCUUCCUGGUGGUGAUGGGGAUAUUGUCGAAGUUCGCUGCAGCGUUGGUUACGAUUCCUUCCGCAGUGUUGGGGGGGAUGACGACGUUUUUGUUUUACGAGUGUUGUCGUGUCUGGGAUGCGGAUUAUUGCUACGAUUCGGUUUACGAGGAGGAAUCCGUUUAUAUUGACGGCGGCGUUGUCGUUGGGAAUGGGGGCGACACUUUUGGUGAUGACGACUGGGUUUGCGGUUGCGGCGUUUAUCGCGAUGGUUUAGAAUCUGGUGUUGAAGGAAGAAGAGAAGAGGAGGAGGAAAAAGAAGAGGAGGAAGUAGAGGGAGUAGAAGAGAGCCAGGGGAAGGAUAAUGAGGCGGAGGAUCAGGAGGCGGUGGUUAAGGGGGAUUGA